CCAUAGUAUGGAAGUUUUCACCCACUAUGACCUGAUGAGUUUGAAUGGCACUAAAGUGGCGGAGGGACACAAAGCCAGCUUCUGUCUGGAGGACACGUAUUGUGACGAAAGUAUCCAGAAAAGGUACGAAUGUGCAAACUUUGGAGCACAAGGAAUAACAGUUGGAUGCUGGGAUACAUACAGACAUGACAUCGGCUGUCAGUGGGUUGACAUCACAGACGUGAAGCCCGGCGACUACAUCUUCCAGGUUGUGAUAAACCCCAACUAUGAGGUCGCAGAAUCAGAUUACAGCAACAACAUAAUGAAGUGCCGCUCUCGGUACGAUGGACAAAGGAUAUGGAUAUACAACUGUCGUAUAGGUGGCACACUGAGUUCAGAAACAGAGGAAACAUUCCCUGGACUGCUCACCAACCAGCUGUCGCACAGGUAGACCUGAGGUCGACAACGCGGACGGACAGACGGACAUUAGGGAAGCAAAUAUGAAUUUUUGACAACCACUAGAGGGGGCUGUGCAGCUUUGCUUCCUUGCAGAAGUCCUGGAUUGAAGUUGAGCUCAGAGCUCAGCUGGUACAAAAGACAAUGAGUAAAUGGAAACAAAACACCUGCUUGCUUACUAAAUGUAUUUACACGAUGUACAAAAAUGUUCUUAUCUCUUAGUUUCUUAUGGUUGUUGUUAGUGAAAUAUCAGUUUUGACCUGGUGCUUAAUGAGAGAGAUGUCAGGGAGGAUCGAAGCCAAAUAAUUUAUUAAAUUAAUUAUGCCAAACAGUUCAAGGCCAAAGUUUCAAACAUUAGGGAACGACUCGAAUGAAAGUACCCAUUAGAUGAGAGAGAGCGUCACCUGGAUGUUGAGUUUACUUAGGAUGGAUAGAAAAACAGUUUGCUGCUAAAUCUACAUGACUAUGAGAAUAACUGCAGAGCAACAAGGCGCAGAAGAUGGCAACACAAAAAUAAUGCCUGUUUCCAGCAUAGCUGUAAAUUAACUAAAAAUAAUUCUCACUAGUAACCACAACUGCAAAGCAGGCGAGUGGAAGUUGGAUCAUCAGAGCGGAGUAUCAUAGAUUUAUUGAUGCCAACUGUCUUGGAUUUGGUUCCUGCAGUAUUUCUGACAAUCUGUGAGGUUUUCACACAUACAUUUAAGUCAUUAUUAAGCUGAGAGGGAAAGUGCUUUUUGCUACUAUGACUUUGUGUUUCACAUACUUGAGUUCACUUUUAAGCAAUGUUUUAUUUAUUGCUUUCAUUAUCUUGGCUAUUACAGUAGACACGUUUUCAUCUUCAAGUGCACAUCCCCUCAGCUUAUGCUUCACGUUUGUUAAAUUAUUACCAUCAGGGACAAUGAUAACAUUGCGGGUGAACUGUGAUACCUGCACAUGUGUGAAAAUAACUCUUCAUGGUUUUGUGAAUAAAAUUUCUGAUGUACGAAUUCAAUGACCCCUCUUUUUUAUAAGAGUACCUGUUAGUUGUUGCCAAACUGUUUUGUAUUUUGUAUGCAUGGG